UAAAACUUGUUUACAAGACUUCUUAAAAUGCCAAAAACGUAUCUUAAGAUCGCCGGUAAAAAUGGAGCAGAUAUCUGAAUCGAGCCGCCGCGACUCAGCUGAUGCGACUAGCUCGUCGUCCGCAGAUGGUCGCAUCGGAGGAGAAGGUAACGGAGAAGCAAUGGCUCGAGGGCUAUCGGCGAUGCUAGAGUCCGUAAUUAAGGAAUUCGACUCGAAAUCAAUCGAUACUCUCAGUAGCCAAGACAAACUCUCCGGCUCGCUCGAUCGAUUAGUCCAAGAGCUCGAUCAAUUGCUGGAGAACGCUCCGUUGCCGUUCAUAGUACAACACGCGUCGAGGAUAUCGAGCGUCAAACAAAGAGUCUCGUCUAUGAACCUGGUGCUUAAAUCUAUACAAAGGCGUAUUGAUAACAUCGAUCACAUGCUCUCUGCCAACAACAUUCAAGGUAACAAAACAGCCUCGGACACUACUUGAUGACUCUCGGCUUCGGUGUGAGUGUGUAACUGUGGAAGUUUGUGUUUUGCUCACAUUUUCAAACGACGGAGUUUUUGGGCUGUUCGUCUUUUAACGGGCUUCUAUCUUAUAUGGGGUGGUUCUUUUAUCGGGCUUUGAUCUAAUCUGUUCUUUUUCAGUUUGUAAAAAAAACAAUUUCUCAUUAUAUUUAAUUGUUUUAUUAAUAAAAUCAAAAAUGUAAUAAUAUAUUUGUUUGUAUAAUUGCUCCAUCAAUCAAUCAUGUUAAAACAGAA